AUGCUGCGCUUCCCGAGAGAGUUUUUCCUCAUUUGCAUUUGCACGGUGUACGCUUUGGCCUUCGCUUCCAUCCGAACUCAAGUGCGCGGCCUCUAUGGCGAGAAUGGUAUCCAACCCGUGGACGUCUAUCUGCGCAGCGUAAAGGUUGGAAACGCAUCAGAAUCGCACGGCGUAUCGACUUUCGAGUGGAUCGCCGAUAAAUUCCCGACGCUCGUAUGGCUACACGAGCCAUUUCAAUGGACCCCGAGCUUCUGCAUGGAGGUGAUUUGUCUCGCAGGAGUCACCAUUGCACUGCUGGGCAUGGUACAGCCGGCAUGGCGUACUACAGGACCCCUGACGCUCUUGUGGAUAUGCUACUUAUCCAUCGUGAAGUGCGGUCAGACGUUCAUGCAGUUCCAAUGGGACUCGUUCCUGCUGGAGAUCGGCGUUCUGGCCGUCCUAAUGGCUCCGUGGUGGCACCGCGGCAAGCCAGAUGACACCUUCGAGACACCAGCAGCCGCCGUGUGGACUCUGCGCUUUCUGUUCUUCAAGUUCAUGCUCAUGUCCGGUGCCGUCAAGAUCCAAUCGCGCUGCCCUACUUGGCUUGGACUCACGGCGUUGGACUUCCACUUCGCCACACAGCCUCUUCCUUUGCCUCUCAGUUGGUACGCGUUGCAAGCUCCGCCGAUCAUCAAUCGUCUAGCUGUAGCAGUCACACUGCUGAUCGAAGGCCCGUGGACAUUCUUCCUAAUCGCGCCUCACCCCACGUUGCGAAGAAUCGGUGCCAUUCAGCAGAUCGUGCUGCAAAUUUCCAUCCUCCUCACGGGAAACUACAAUUUUUUCAACCUGCUGACCAUCAUUUUAGCAGCAGUUCUUCUGGAUAUCGACAAUGGAGCAAAAGAUUGCGGGAGUGAUACGUCAAAUCAACGAAAGUCGUGGAUAACUCGAGUGGAGUCGGCGUGGUACACAUUCCAGACACAUCCACUGGCCGCGAAGGCGAUGCUCGGUUGCGGUCUCUUCUUCUGCGUGUACACGUGGCUGGACGCUUUUGAACUGACGAUUCAGGACAGGAAACAGACCCACAGUUUUCUAGAACUACUGCUAGCUACGAGGAUCCGACUGUUACCAACUGUGGGAGAUAUCCAGGUAUGGCUAGCACUGAUUCUCCCCCGUUGCACGCUGUUCUCCGCUGUCUUGGUUGUGUGUUCGAGCUGUAGGCAAGUUGUGCGUUCCUUCUCACACUCGGGGCACAGUUCUACGACCAGGAAACUACUCGUCCUGCGGCUAAUUUACCUCCUGACAGCAACAGUCGCAAGUUUGUGGGUGUUUACGAGCAGUGUGGUCACUCUUUCGGUGCUGGAUCAGUCGUUCCAGCAGUCGUUGCCUUCGUUUGCUAUCUCCACGUAUUAUUCGACCGAGAAGUACCGUAUCACCAGUGCUUAUGGCUUGUUUCGUACCAUGACUGGCGUGGGAACGGUAAAAAUGGCCAAUGAGCAGCAUGUUUCCGUUGUUGCCCGACCAGAGAUCAUUUUAGAGGGCACAGAAGACGGCGGAUUGACGUGGAAAUCCUAUCAUUUCAAGUACAAGCCCGGCGAUUUGAGUUCCGCUCCGCGGCUGAUAGCUCCAUUCCAGCCUCGACUGGACUGGCAAAUGUGGUUUGCCGCACUGGGUGACUACCACAGCGCUCCGUGGCUCGUGAAUCUCGUGGCUAAGCUUCUUGAAGGCUCUCGUGACGUGAAAGAACUCCUCGAUACGACGCGUGACCCGUUUCCUGAUGCUCCACCGGACGCUAUUCGUGCACAACUCUACUACUAUGACUUUACGAGGUUGAACACGUCGUGGAACCAAGCGCUGCCCACAGCCAAGAUCCUAAACUAUAACGACACGCAGUGGUGGACCAGAACCUUUGUAAAAGAAUACUUGCCAGCUCUGGAACGCGGGAAUCCGUCUCUCACUGCGUUCGUGGAGCAUCAUUGGCCGUCUACUGGUGCCAGGCUCUCAUCUGAGACCAACGAGGCCUCGAAGCUGCGCCAGUGGGUCGAUCGAGGGCUGGGAUGGCUGUGCAACACGUCGUGGUCACCUGUGGGUCUCGCAGCGGGCGGCGUCCUGGCUCAGUCCGGUGUUGCAGCCAUGUUCCGCACUCGUCGUCGUGCAAUGCUGACCAAGUUGAAGAUCCAGUGA